CUCCCGACUCUGCGUGCACAAAGAUUGUGCCAAUUGCAUCGGCGAGGGCAUCCACAAUGCCAAUGUAGAUGCUUGUGCAACUCCAUGUUGACUUGUAUUUAGCGCCAUGCCAUUUGCUAUUGUGGCCGUGGAUGCUACUUCGUCCCGGACUCCACCUUGGGCAUGCCUAUCGAAAGCUAGGUAGGUGGUGGGGCCCAGGGUUCAUCUUAUCGUUUCUUAUCUGCCGUGAGAAAGUCUGGGGCUCGGAUGUCUUGCUUGGCACGCAGCAUGAGAAAUCGCCCGACAUUCUCGACUACUCCGACAGCAUUGGUCUUUGCGCUCAAACGAGCCGACAAUGUCUCCGCGAUGUGCCCAUAGUGCAGCACCCUUUCUGUCCUUUCUUUACCCCUUGCUUUUCCGCCCGCAGACAGCCCGAGCACUUUGUGUGUUCCCCAGGCGAGGCGCCACGUAUUCGACCUCGUCAUCGACUUUGCCCCUCAACUCGAGCACGGCAACCGAAACUUCGCCCACGAGCGGCACCGUCCCGAUAUCUCGGCUUAACCCAACGCCUGACGACUACGCAAUAACUUCCUUUGCCGACAAAGCUACCAUCACGAUAUACGCCGGUGGAGGUGGCCACGGCUGCAUCUCAUUCUUGCGAGAAGCUUUCCUUGCCGAGGGUCCGGCGAACGGCGGAGAUGGCGGCCAUGGCGGCAACGUGUACAUCCAGGCUGUCCACACCGAGACAUCCUUGAACAGAGCCUCGAAGCGGCGCAUCGUUCGCGCUGGGCGUGGCAAGUCAGGCCAGGGCGGUAACCGCGGUGGUGCCAGAGGCGAAGAUGUCAUCAUACAGGUCCCCGUGGGAACAGUGGUCCGCGAGCUUGAGCGGCGCGACCCUGUCGUCGAGGAGGCUGCGCAAUAUCGUGCCGCACGCGAAAAGGAAAGAGCAUACCAGAAGGUGGUUCGCGAAGCUGAAGUUGCGGCUGCGGCUGCUGCGGAGAGCCGAGGUGACGAGACGUACACACUCCACGAUCUGCCAGAAGCCCCCGAACACCCAAACCUGCACAAGUUUAUGUUGUAUCCAGGCAUUUCGCAUACAGAGCGCCGCGCCUUGAAGCUCCCACGGCUGCCCAGACGGGAGAGGCUCUACGCACAACCGGAUCCUCCCAUUCACCUCGACCUGUCAACCCCGUCACCAACUCCGAUCCUCCUGGCAGCUGGUGGGGUUGGCGGGCUUGGAAAUCCACACUUCGUCUCAAAGGAUCGCCCGAGACCGCUGUUUGCGACUCGUGGCGAGGCAGCUGUGACCAUGAGACUCGAGCUCGAACUGAAGCUGCUGGCUGAUGUCGGCUUUGUGGGUCUCCCCAACGCUGGCAAGAGCACACUCCUGCGUGCAUUGACGAACAGUCGGGCCCGAGUCGGCAAUUGGGCAUUCACGACACUUCAGCCAAACAUCGGCACCGUGGUGCUGGAUAACAAUAAGGGCAGGCCCGUCCCAGUACCCAAGCCCAGAUCCCCUUCACCUCACACCGUUAUCAACGACGCCACCUACGGCUCAUUAGUUGUCUCGCAGCCGGAGCAGAUUGGCGCCGGCCCAGAGCCAAGAACUCGAUUCACAAUUGCGGAUAUUCCCGGCCUUAUCGAAGGGGCGCACCUUGACCGUGGACUGGGCAUAGCGUUCUUGCGACAUGUCGAGCGUGCUGGCGUGCUCGCGUUUGUCAUUGAUCUGAGCGCUGGUGAUGCUGUCAAGGCGCUGAAGGCGCUGUGGCUUGAGGUCGGCUCAUAUGCCCGAAUGCGCAGUGAGGAAGAACUCGAGCGUGAGAUGGAGGAACGUAUCGACUGGGAGGGCGAUGGCUUCAGCAGCAGCCAAGGAAGCAGGGCCCACCACAGCCAUGGGGACGGUCGUAUGAUGGUUGCCGACUUCCCUGAAGCUCCUGAGGCCGAGUCUGGUCUGCAUAUUGCCAUGAAGCCCUGGUAUGUAAUUGCUACCAAGGGCGACCUCCCAGGCACACAGGAGAACUUUGCACAGCUCAAGGAGUAUUUGGCCAAAGUGACCGAUGGGCAGGAACCACAUCCCAGCGGCGUAGAGGAUGCAUGGACAGUCGACUGUGCUGCCAUUCCGGUCAGUGCUAUCCAUGGCCACGGUGUAGACCGCAUCGUUCAUUGGACCGUUGGGCUACUGGACGGUUAAGAGGAUGCAUGGGCCGUCACUUUGGAUAGAGCGAUGUAUUAUGAUGUAUGUUAGUGUAUGGAUAAGGGUCUUCAAAGUAGACCUGUGAUGGGCACAGAAAGGAGUUCGUUACUGAAUAGAAACAAGAUGAACAUGACAAAAAGAGGAGAGGCUUCAUGACAAGCUGACCUGGUCGUUGCGAGC